GAGACUUCCGGUUCCUCGAAAACACAACAAGACGUUAAUGUUCAUAUCUUUGUGGAAAAUAAAAUUAAUUUAAUAGUUUCAAUUGGAACUUUAUAAAAUUAGUAUAGAGUUAUGGCGGCGGUUACUUUAUCGCCUGGUCCAUCUGGUUCUGGUAAGUCUUAUAUUAUUAUUUUUUUUUAAAGUCCUAGCCUAAUCAGUCGCUAAUUUGGCAAAUUUUUUGGCCCAUUUUAAAAAUAAAAUUAUUAUAAAUUUAGGCCUGGGCCUUCUAUUUUUAUUCCAUUUUCAUUUAGGGCUUUUUAUAUCUUAUAUUGUAUGAUUGUUGAGAUUAGUACUAUAAAUUAUGUUGGCUAAAACUGGGUGAGGAUGCCACGUCUUUUGCGUGUUUAUUUAAGUUGUCGUGAAUUAAGGUUCAGGUUAGGUUUAAUUUAAGUUUAGUUUAGGGAUACAAUUUAAUUAGGGUUCAGGUUAGGUUUAGGCGUUCAGGUUAGGAUUAGGGAUACAUUUACUUAGAUUUAGUGACAGAAUUAACUGGUCUUCUCAACUAAGAUGGGGGCCAAUCAUGGCAUCCUCUCUCAACAUUUACCAUUAUGACAUUAUGUUAAUUUCAUCACUUAGUCAUAGUCAUUACUAGUACUAGAAUUCAGAAUUUAUAACAUGGAUUACUAUUAUUAGUAUUAGGUUAAUACAGUAUGUAUUAGGCUAAUACAGUAUGUAUUAGGGUUUCUCUGUAAAUUUUGAGUUAACGGUAUGGGUUUUGCCAAGAGUUUUCUCACCCUAAGCGCAGUGAUGUCCCUUUGGGGGAAUCCCAACAGUGGACGUAGAGUGAAUAGAUCUAUUCACUAUUCUUUGAAGGAUCCGAAGGAUUUGUGUUUUAACAUUCCCUCAUUCUGAAAUUCCUGUUCUUUAUGGAGCAUUACUCGCAUCAUAAACGAUACAGUUAAUAUGAAGAAUAUUGAAAUGAAAUUUUCCAUUAAUUUGUAUUAAAAUUCAACUUGCUGUUACUCCAAGACCCAACACCGGUGAAAAAAAGAUGCCUGCCAAAAUUGCUGCAUUUUGAUUAGUUGAAAUCAAAAUACCAGUAUGUUGAAACUUAGGUUAAAAACGGCUUACUGCUUAAAUUGCAUUGGGAAUGAUCUUCUAGGGACUAGGGAGGAGAGACCCCUCCCCAAACCCUUCCCCUCGCCUUAAAUACCAUAAUAAGAAACAUAGAAAUUCUCUGGGGAGGAGAGACCCCAGUACCCCUCCACCAAUUUAACAAAAAUAUAAAAUAAGAAAAAAAUUGUCAAUAAUUUGCAUUAUGUAAAUACAAACAUCGAAAUCUUUUUAGUAUGGCACUGUAGAUAGCGCUGUAGACGGCGCUGUAGACAGAAAUGGACCUGGGGGAAAUUCCGUGACCUUAUAUACCGUGGAACACAUCGUCCGCCUUACCGCUAACUCAAAAUCAGCCGGGUUUCUCAAACGAAAAAUUGGAUUUUUCCACACGAUUUUUUUUUGAAAAUCUUGCUGACUGGGAUAUUUUUCCAUCUCAGGUAAUCAAUCCUGGGUAGAGGUAUUUGUAAUACAAUUUUGAGGAAAUCUAUGCUCAAUGUUUUGCACCGGGAUGAGUCAGUUCCCAGCCUUUUGACUUGUUCAGUUUAUUCUUGGAUUGUUACUAGAGUUCACUUUUCCUUUUUUAAAUUAUAAAUACCCCGAUGGAAUAUUGUAAAUUAUUAUUUAAUAUUUCAUUGGAUGGUUAAUAAUAAUAUUUAGUAAAUGUGUAGUUAAUGGCACGGAUUUUGCCAAGAGUUGUCUUCCUAAGCGCAGUGUCAUCACUAUGGACUUGGCUUGACAGGCCCAACAGUUGGACCAGAACGAUGAGAAUGAUAACUUCCAGCUCUCCACUGAGCAUUAUUUGUGUCAAAAACAUAAUCUGAUGAUUGAUACAGUUAAUUUGAAUUUUAAUAAAAUUCAACUUACAAGCUUCAAAAGAAAUAAAAAGAGAAAAUCAUCCUUGCUGAUUCCCCAAAUGAACACCAAAAUAAAAAAGAUACGCUCGUGGUUAAAAGUGCUGUUUUUUAUUGGUUGAAACAAAAUAUGUGUAUGCCACUCAUUUAUUUAAUUAUGAUGUCACAAUUUAAGGGGACAUUGCAACAUAAUUUUCUGGGGAGGGGAGACUCCUCCCCCAAUUUGAAUACAAAAACAAGAAACAAAAUAAUUUAUGGAGAGGGAAGGGAGACAAAAAUAAAAAAAAAUGAUUAAAAAAACAGAUCAAAUAAAUAAAGGGUUCAAUUUAUAUAUUAUAUUUUCAGAAAUGAAACUAUGGCCGAUAGUUGACCUGGAGAAAAUCCAUGAUCUAUCUAUCAUGGUAAAAUACCAUAUGUUCUUGUGCCAUCCAAUUUAUGUUUAACUUUUCAGACGCAUCCAGACGAUAUCUGCAUUUUAGCCUAAUAUUUAAAAUGAGAUUUAAAACCAGGCUAAAUUUUAUAGAACACAUCAGUAAAUUGAAGGAAGGGAGUGAUCGGAGAUCAUUUCAUUAAGUGUCAGUUCAAACUAUCAAAUUAUCUUCAAAUUUCGCGUCAGAUUUGUGUAUGAAUGCACUAUUUUGUGUGUGGUUUCUUUAAUUUGUUCAAAUAGCAAUUUGAAAGUUGUGACAAGGUUUUAUACAAAAAUUGUAUCAAAUGCAUGAUCGAAAAUUUGAUAGUGUGAUUUGACGCUAACACUUCUUGCCACAUAUCUAGAGGGAUACAAUAAAGUUGCCAUGUUCACCAUGAAAUGGUGAAUACUGGAAUAAAGUGUGUAAAAUUGUAUUCUAUGAAACUGUAAUUUGCGUUUUCAUAAUUUUUAAGUGUUUUAGUUGAGGGAAGGGAGCGACCAUAGGUUGUUGACACUUCUUGCCACAUAUUUAGAGGGAUACAAUAAAGUUUCUACGUUCACCACAAAUUAAUGUAGUGGCUGAAAUUGCGCAAGGAAAGGGGACCUCCAUUAAAUUUAAAUGUUUUGCUCCUAUUUUUGUUUCUCUUGGUAAGUAGCAAAAACAACACAUUCUCGCUCUUUCCCCUCCCUAUUUUAGCAGACAUGUGUUAGCAUUACAUUUUUUGAACAGGUCCGCCAUCUUGGUUGCCAUAACACAUCAACCAAGAUGACAGCUGUGGUAGGAUAAGGAGAAUCGUCUACUGUUAUGUAUGAUAAUAAGGGGAGAGACUCCAAUCAGGUUAGAUAUAGGGAAAUAAAUGAAACAAAGUAAGGAAAACCUGAAAAAUAUGAUGCAACAAAACAACUAACAUGUUGAUGAGAAGCCUUCUUCAACAAAACAAACAACAGUAAAACAAUAUAAAAAUUAAAAUAAACACUUAGCUGCGAUGUAGUAUCAGAGAGGACAGCAAAAGGAUACUACAUAAAUUGAUUGCAAUCUGUCCCCCUUAUUAUCAUACAAAGUUUAAAAGUAGUUUGACACAAAAACAGCCUGAUGUAAUCCAACAUCUUUUAACCUGCCUCUGGUGUAUUACUGCAUUGUCUAUGGCCGUUAGGCCUAACACCAAUUGUAACAUUAGCCAUCUUUUUUUGUUUUUGUAUAAGAAUUAAAAGAUGUCAGGAAUAUUUCAUUAAUAAGACAGAUAAUCAACUGGCAGAUGGUUUCUGUGAAGAUGUACAUAAUCUUAGCCAAGACCAACAAUACCCACAUUGUAUAUUUAGUGAGAUAUCAGGUUAUUGAAUCAUUUAUACCAUUCAACGUUUAAAGGUAACAUCUGCACCAUGUUUACAUUGGCAAUAAAGUUGCUUUAAUCAAACUUUUAUUGUCAUGAACAUUAGCGAUUAAAAGAAUAUAAAUAUGACAAAUUCAAUUAAAGAAAAAAUUAAUUAUUUUUUUUAUUUUGUAGAUGGUAAACAGAGGAAAAGAAAGAAUGGACAAGAGUAAGUUUACUGUGAUGCUACUCUUAUUAUAAAUAAAAUAUCUGAGGCAUGUUAUUUGUAUAUAUUCACUACUCCCUCCAUUUGCAUGUAAGUUACGGUCACCAAUAAACCACAACAAAGAAAUUUUAUUAUGUAAAAAGUAAAUUCAUUUGUAUUUAAAAGUGACAAUUUCUGACAUUUAAUUUUGUUCAUUUGAAAGGUCUGAUGAUGAAGACAGUCAAGGAGGAUCAUUUGGAAAUGGCCCAGAAAGUGCAGACAAAGAGAGGUUUGCCAGGUAUUUGUAAUCUCAUGAUUGUAAAGAUGGAUAAUUUUUACAACCACAGGUACAAGGAGUUGGUCUUGGUAAAAGUGAUUUAUUGAAAUGAAUUACAUCAAUAUAAUAUUCUGAAAUUUUUUAUGUAAUGUUAAGUUAUAUUUUGUUUUGCCCUUAUGCACGUAGAUCUAACCCUAGAACAGUCAAAUGCAUUUUUCUGUAGAAUCAAGCCAUUUUUAGCUUUUUCAUGUGCCUGUCAAAAGUGAUAAAAUCCCAUACUACAUAAAUUCAGAGACCCUUACAAGCAUACAUUUUCUGAAAGGACAUUGUACAAGGUAUCUUAUUGUAUGAAAAGAAUUUGUUUUUAUAUUAUGCAUGUUGAUAAUCACCUUGACCUUUACAGACUGAGUUAGAGACUGAGUAAAAUUUUACUAUUUAACUUCUGCAUUCAACCCAACCUGAUACUCCAUAAAUGACUCAAAUUAUUAUAAAAUCAAGUUAUUGAAAUACUAGGAUCAAUGUUCUUUCAGAAAAUGUCAAGUUAUAGGUACUUAUAUUGAACAAUUGUAUUAUUUGUGAAUUUUUUUCAUUCACUACGUUCAAAUUUAAGGCAUACAUAAUACAAAAGAGAAAGCACGAAAUGAGUUAAAAAAUUUACUUAUCAAUUUGGAGUUUUAUUAAUCAAUACUCCAGAACAUGCACAAACAGAAAUAUCUUUAAAUCUCUUUUGGGUAGGUCUUUGAGAUUCAAUCUUUUUUGUCUUUACUUUUCUGUUCAAUUUCCACCCUUUCCCAAACGAAUUUUGUCUGUUACAAUACAACUUGGCUUAGGGCUAAAAUCAAAUUGACUUUUAUGUCACCAUCACCGCAAGAGUUAAUACUGUGGAAUAUCUUUGCAAUCAUUGCUUUCAUUUUAAUCCAUUUGAAAUAAUGCCAAUUAAGAAAGUCUGUUUUGAUUUUGCAAUCCAGAGGGAAAAAAAAAUUGAGCCAAUUUCACAUCUGAUUAAUCACAAAACAAGCCCUGAUGAAUCACAUUAUAACACAGACAGAAAUGGAAAUAUGAAGCAAACUCAUUUAUAGACAGUAUUUCCCCUUAACCAAUAUAAAUCAUUCAAAUUUUUAAUGACGAUUUUGCCAGCGGCUGUUACAUCAAUUAAAUGGUUAAAGAAAAGUCUAUAAUUAUUUUUCAUUAAUGGAAAAUGUUGAUAAAAAAAUAAAAUUAUCAGCUCAAUUAAAACAUUUGUAGUUUUAGCAAUUAGAAAUGGUAAUAUUUUAUUUUUAUCUUUGCUUAUAACUUUUGUGUUAGAUAUUUGAGAUCAUUUUUAUAUGUUGCUGACGUAGAUUUAAUUUUUCAGAGAAAGUCACUGUGAAAUUGAAAGGAGACGUAGAAACAAAAUGACCGCUUACAUAAAUGAACUUUGUGAUAUGGUGCCUACUUGUAGUACAUUAGCGCGUAAACCAGACAAAUUAACUAUUUUACGAAUGGCGGUUUCUCAUAUGAAAACAUUAAGAGGUAAAGCUUUAUUGUAUCUUUUUACUUAAUUUUGUAUAAAACUAUGAACUUAUUAAAUUAACUAAUUCAAUAAAUUUUUACUCACAAUAAAGUGAAAAAUAUAUCUGAAAAGAAUAAAAUUAUUUUCUUAUUCUUGAUUGACUUGUUCCACAAGGCACAGGCAAUACAAAUAAUGAUGGUUCAUAUAGACCUUCAUUUCUGACGGAUCAAGAACUUAAACAUCUUAUUUUAGAGGUAAUCAGUUCACAUUAUUUUAAUAAUAAUUUAUGACAGUAAGAUGUGGGUUCUAUUCUGAUUCUUCUCUCUAAGAAAUGCAAAUAAUUUUUUUUUUUACUAUUAGGAUUUAUUGUAACAUAACUUGCUAAGAUUUUAAAUAUUUGAUGUGAUUCUAUUUUUAAAUGAUAUCACUAAUAACAGAAGCUAAAUGAUAAAAAAAAAAUUUUUAAUAACUCUAAUCAAGAUACUUUUGCUUUCAGAACAUAAAAUAAUGAAUGAGAUUGCCUUUUGUGCUGCAAAUUGUUUUUGAGAACUUGAAUAAAAUAUGUUGACCGUAGUUGAUACAACAUUUAUGCCAUUUGUUUCAAUGCUAUAUUUCUUACACUUAUAAGCAAUAUAAUUCUUAGUUACUUUAAUUUGCUUAGAAAUCUGUUUUUGGUGUGUUGCAGGCUGCAGAUGGUUUCUUAUUUGUAGUGCAAUGUGACUCAGGAAGAAUUGUCUAUGUCUCAGAUUCUAUUACACCAGUUCUUAACCAAAGUCAGGUAAAAUCCCAUGGAUGCAUAUAUUGGUAUUUAUUUUUUAAGAUUCAAACUGAGCAAUUGGUUUAUCCUUAAUAAAAAGUAUCUGUUUAGGGGCCAUCCAUAAAAGACGCCCACCAAUUUUUUGGUAUUUUCACCCCCCCCCCCCUCCUUGUGGACGUCCAAAACAUAAAAUUUACCGAACUUAAAUUAAUGAAUAUUUUUGGAAAAUGUACAACAAUAUAGAGUAUACAUAAUUGGUUUAUCCUUAAUAAAAAGUUUUUGUUUAGGGGCCAACCAAAAAAGACGCCCACCAAUUUUUUGGUAUUUUCCCCCCCCCCCCCCCCUUGUGGACGUCCAAAACAUAAAAUUUACCGAACUUAAAUUAAUGAAUAUUUUUGGAAAAUGUACAACAAUAUAGAGUAUACAAAGAUUUUUUUUAGAAAUUCCAAUUAUUUGCAGGCAAAAUUCUAAAUGAAAUAAUAACUGUUUAAAAACAUUUUAUUGAAUCACUGUAUUAAAAAAUGUAAUAAACAAAUAAUCCACCAUUCUUCAAUCAACGGAAAAUUCGGACUGCAGCCAUUCAAACAUGUUUCGUAUAAACACAACAUCUGUUCUUGAGUCUUCAAUUGCUAAUUCAAUUUGAGUGGCAAUCUCUUCGUCUGAUUCGUCUGCCAUAUUAUGUUCACUAGUAGGAAUAUUGCAAUGGACGACCUUAUGUUUUUUCAUUGCCGCCUGUGAUGGGAAAUAUUUACCGCAGAAACAUAUUCUCUUGGAAAUUCUCCCAGCCACCGAUGGACAACAGAGAUCAAAAGGCAUGCUACUGUAACUGUGAUCGGGCUCCAGACCAAUCAGUGCAAGCCUCUGGAACAGUGAUCCAUAAGUACCACUACUACUACCAAUAGCUGCAGCCAUGACGCCUGCUUCAUGACUAAUAAAAGGUACCGGAGCUGGAAUGAAGCGUUUGGGAAAUAGUUCAUUAUAGUUGGUUCGUCUUGCUCCGCAGCAUGUUACAUCAUUACAUUUGAUGAUCUGCAGAAAAUAUUGAGACUGUUGCACAUGAUUCCAACACCAAUUCACAGAGGGAGACGGAAGAUUUGUGCUUGUGCUGCUUGGUUCAACAUACUGUGCAUGCACAUUAUAGCCAUCAAUGACAGCCUGACCCCAAACUUCAGCGAGUAUUUCCCCUGCCUUUUUAAAGUUUGCUUUUUCUAAGUUUUGGUCUAUAGUUUUACCAUUUGCGUCCAAGUGGGAUCCAAAAUGAUCAUGGGGAAGAAUGAGGCCUGACAGGUCAUGAGACAAAGGGGCCAUUCGUCGUUCUACCUCAUUGUAGGCACUGUGACCCGGAGCAUGAAACGCUAUAAAGAAAGCAUCAAGAUUCUGCUUGGUAAACAAUUAAUAUGCAGCAUUCAAUGUUUUUGGAUAACCUGGGUUCUCCUCUGGGCCUCCGUCAACGGUAAUAAUAACUAUAGGCUUUACUAGUCCACCAUAUGUACAUGCCACAUUCUUGAAAAUAUCAAGAGAGACAACUACAUCAAAAUCUGCAACAUGUGAUGCAGCAGUACUGGAAUCAUGUUUACCACUCUUUAUUGAUAUGGAUGUUGGUCCGGAAUAGGUCACACGACCAUCCUUAAUAAUACAUGCAGCAUAAACUGAAGGUAUUAGUUUAUGCUUAUCUGCCACAACCCAAUCGUAGUCAGGCAAUUGUAUACGAUAUUCCAGAUACAUUAGAAGUGGUGCCUGCUUUGAUGCAGCUGGAAAACCCAAAGGAGCUCUACUAGCCUUGUCGUCUUGUCUAAGAAAGAAUGUGCACUGACUGCCCAUCAAUACUGCCAAAUCUUUCAAAUAAGCUAAAUAAUGCUGCAAAAUGGCAUCUAUGUGCUCUUUGCGCAAAUUGUUGGCAGCUUUUAUAAGUUUCACCGGAACGGUAGUUAUGUGCCGCUUACCUUCAGCAGUCAUGUAGUUGCGUGGUAGAAGGCGAAGAUAAGUUGCAGAUCGGCUUAGGUUGAAACCAAGACUUAACAGCUCUGAAUGUAGAUCAUCAAGUGUUUUACAUGAACGGAUCAAUUCGGUGCGUCGGCGGCCAUCAGCAGCUCCACUCGCAGACACAAUGUCGACAAUUGAGUUCAGCAAGUCAGAUUGAUCAGUUUCAAUGCUAGGCCAACCAAGCUUUUUCCUAGUGCACUUUUUGAGCCUUUUUGCAGCAGUGGGAUUUUCUGUUACAAGUAUUUGCAAAGCUUCUUUCAUGUCUACUUGGGCUGAACGUUUUCGUUUUCGGUCAAAUGAAAGGCGAUGCAACUUCUGUUUCAGUUUUUUCAUUUUUUCUUCGAGUUCAUUUCCGUUCUUUUUCAUUUCAUCUGUCCACAAACUAGUUUGACGAAUUGCUAGCAAACCAGAUAGUUUUGAAUUUGUCAAAUUUAACUCCUCUUGAGCUAUCAUGGCUGGUCUUUUUUUUUCAACUUUAAGGGCAUUGCAUUGAUCCGUUUCAUGCUCGUUAUUCUUGCUCAAUGACUCAUCUAAGUUGUCUUGAUUGUCUGUCUUCCCAUUUUCGGCUCUGAACAGGAAACAAGGUAUUUUCGAUAAAGAUAAAAAUAAGAAAUUAAUAUAAAAAUCAAUUGAUAUACAUAAUAUUACGCAAUAUAAAACUACAACUACAUAUAUGAUUGAAAUAUCGCAACACACUAAAACAUAAUACAAAAUAAAAUUUUUAAUGCAUUUUAAACUGACUGUUAUUUGCAGGUACAUUAACAUUAUCUAUCAUUUAAUGAGCAAAUUAAGUUUUUAAAAAAUUUCUUACUGAUUUUACAUUUAAAAACAUUUGACGGGAUAAAAUUCCCAUACAGAAAAACAUUUGCUUUUGCUUGCUAUUAAUAAUCCAAUGGUCUACACUACACUACAUCUACCUACAACUACAAGGCUUGAACAUAAUGUAAGACUUAAAGUGGCUUACUUUGAAUUUGCUGAUAUUACAUCAUAAUCACAAGAUUUCGAGUUACCAGAUGCAGUGGCUGAAUUGCUAGAACUUUUAGCAGUUGCGACAUUGCUCCACAUAGAUAUUAGUUUGCUACACCUUCUGGCAACAAUAGCCUUGAAUUAACAAUGUUACACUUGAUGUCAUCAUUAUUACGUUUACAUUCGUUCCAAAGUUUUUGCAAAUUCUGAUACGCUAAUUCUUUUUUUAAAUCAGGAUAGGCAGAAAUAUACGAACCUUUAAAUUCUAAAUAAAAUUUUUCCAUUAUGGCCGAACGCAUCUACUGUCUACCGCAUGUUUUUGUUUCUUUUUUAUUGGUUGAUUGUGAAUAGGUCAAGGUCAAAGGUAUUAGCGACGCAUAUUUUAAUAAAAUUUACAUAUUUUAAACCCUGGAUGUUUAUUUUAGGCCUGCUUUUUACAAUCUUUUUUAAUAAAUCAUGUCUAAAUUUUGCCUAAUUUGUUUAAUAAAAAAAUUUGUUUUUUAGAUUAAGAUUGUAUUUUUAAAUUUAAAUAUAUUUUUACAUUUUUUCUGAAAAUAAUUUUUUGUCCUUUAUCUAAUUUUUUAAAUAAAAAAUAAAGUCAAAUUCAAAUAUUUCAGUCAUUUUUUUACCCCAACACAAAAUAAAAAUCAUUAAAGAUUUUCUGGAAAAACUAAGAAUUUUAAAAAACUGUUACCGGUAUUUGAGAUUUUAUUGUAUUUGACAAAUCAAACUUUAACAACAUAUUUUUAAAAUAAUAUUCAAUUAGUAAUAUUGAAUAAAUAGUUUCUAAAUUUAACCACUCAGUUGUUAGGGUUUUGCAUCCCAACUCUUUUGUCAUUAAACUAGAAGUUUUUUGCAGUAAAUUUAUGGAAAACUGCUUCACUCAAAAAAACACUACAAUGUGGACAUCCUCUUUGUCCUAAACCCCCUCCCCCCCUUUGUCCACUUUAGUCCACUUUUUGCUGAACCCCCCCUCCCCCCUUUUGUGUGGAGGUCUUUUAUGGAUGACCCCUUACCUAUGUUGUUAUCUUUGCUUUGAUUCAGGUUUAAAUAAUAAAUAUUAAGGAACAAGUUUGUAAUAGAACUUGACAUAGUAAUAAAUUAUCUGGAAGAAAACUGUUAUCUUUAAAUUAUAAAAUAAUUUUUAUGAUUAACUUUUGAGGAGCAUUGCAUUUAACUUAAAGGUUGUAUCAAAUUGGGAAAUUAUUUUAAAAUGUUAAUUCCUUUUAUUUUUGGUCUUUGAAAUAUUUCUUCAAAAUUCAAAGGAAGCAAUGCACUGCAACAUUGAAGUAUUUAUAUCCUCACAGGGUGAUCUAUUUGGUACUACUUUGUAUGAUCUCACUCAUCCCGAUGAUGUAGAAAAAGUCAGAGAACAGUUGUCCACCUCAGAGUCACAAAACACAGGCAGAAUUUUAGAUUUAAAGAGUAUGUUUAGUCUCAAUUUAAAUAGGAUACAAUAAAUCUGGGUUUAAAAGGGGGUGGUACAACAUUCAAAUAUUUUUAUAGUUCAGGUGAAUAAAAAAUUUAAUGAUGGCGUACAUUGGUGCGGGGUAGCACUAAUUGGGAUUCUUAUAAAUGAUUUUUUUAUGUUUUGUAAAGUAACUUUAGUAAAUGAGAAGUUCAUGCAUUGUCACCACCAUUGUUUGGUGGCGAAAACUAGAAAAUGAAGUAAUUACUAUGACUAAAAAAAUUCUUAUUUGAAGACUUAAAGCUAUACUCUAAGCAUUUAGGAAUUUCUUGAAGGAAGAAUAUUUUCAAGCUUAUUUGCUUUUUAACACGAUACAUAAAUGAUAUAACAAAAUCUUGCGAAUAAAACUGAGUACUUUUCCUUGCAGCUGGUACAGUGAAGAAAGAAGGUCAUCAAUGUAAGUACUUUGUAUUUUCUCUGUGCAUCCCCAACACUUUUAUAUAUUAAAGGGGUUCUGAAACUUUUUGUAGCGCCACAGUACCUCUUAAUUUUAAAAAAUAUUUUCUGCGCCUCAUCUUAAUUUCAAAACAUACUUCCUGCACCCUAUGAUUAAAAAUGCAAACAGACCUGAUUUUCAUUUUCUUUCCACACCCCCUGACAUUGCUUUGAGAACCCCUGAUAUACUACAAUAUUAUAAUUUUUAUAAUGUCCAUGGCUGUUUUUCUCUCCGUCCUUUUUGAUUUAAAUAAAGGUUAAAUAGAAAAAAAAGAAGGAAAAUAAAUGAAAUAUAAAGGUGAAUUUGCAGCAGUUAGAUAAGUGCACAUGGUUCUUCCUUUCUUGAAUGACUUAAUGCUGACACUGUCUGCCUAGAAGCUUUAGGUUGAGUUUGUCCGGUAUCAUCUCUGAAUAUAAGUACAUAGCGGGAUGGAAUGGACUAUUUAAAGCAGUAAAGUAACUGUUCAUUAGGAGGAGGGAACCCUUGAGAAAAAAAACAACUUCUUUGCACGCUAACCAAUUAAAAAAAUUUUGCUGAAGAACUGUGUCAUCUGGCACAUAACACUGUAUUAAUCUUAAACUGUGUCACCUGGCACAUAAUACUAAAUGUAUUAAUCUUACAAUUUAGUUGCAGCUACUGGUUAAAAAUAGAAUGAUGAGAUUUAAAACUUAUAUGUUAAAUGCUUUACAGUGUGCAAUAUCAAGAGUAAAUCUGUUUUUCACAGCAUCCAUACGUCUUUGUAUGGGAUCUCGAAGAGGCUUUAUAUGUCGAUUACGAAUGGGUAAUAUGCAGUCAGAUCCAAUGACAGCCAACCACACUGUACGAAUGCGACAAAGAAACACAUUAGGACCUGCAUCUGAUGGGAAUCAUUAUGCUGUUGUUCAUGUCACAGGCUAUAUUAAGAAUUGGCCUCCAUCAGGUUGGUAUGCUUCUAUAUUUAUUACAGUUGAUGGAGAAUGAAAUUUAACUUAUGAAUAUUUAGAUGACUUACAGCUUAAGCUAUGUUUAAUUAGUAUUUUCACUUUAAUUAAGUUAUGAGAUAUUAAAAUGUUUGGCAUAAAUUUAUAUCAAUUUUUGGGGGGUUAUUUUCUUUGGAAAUAUUUUAUGAUUUAAAUAAUUUUUAUGCAAGUCAUUCUGUUGCAUUGAUAACAGUCUUCUUUUAAACAUGCUACGCUUAAUGGUCAUUAUAAAUAUUUCAGCUGGAGUACAAAUUGACCGCUCAGACUCUGAUGAACAUGGAGGAAGUCACUGUUGUCUGGUAGCCAUUGGUCGGCUUCAGGUUACCAACACACCUAACUGUAGUGAUAUCAUGGGGCCCAACCAACCUAGUGAAUUUAUCUCAAGACACAGCAUGGAUGGCAAAUUUACAUUUGUUGAUCAGAGGUCGGUUUAUAAAACUUAUAACUCUUAUAUAUAUAGAUAUUACAUUUAAAAAAGUUAUAUAUUUGUAAUUAUCAUAUAUUCAACAACAUGAAAUUAACUAUUGAAAUGUGUUAUAUAAUGGUUAUUAUUGAAAUAUUGUAACCAGACUAAUUUUUUUUAGAGUAACAGCUGUUCUUGGGUACCAACCUCAAGAGCUACUAGGAAAACUAGCAUUUGAGUUUUAUCACCCAGAGGAUCAGACACAUAUGAAAGAAACAUUUGAACAGGGUAAAUAUUUUUAUUAAGUGAGAUCUUGAUUUAAAUGUUACAAGAUUGUUCAAAUCAAUUCAAUAUUUUGUUUGUAGAAUUUCCGUGGAUAAAAAAAAAAAUAUUAAAAUAUAACUUAAAUUGUAUUACUUAUAAAACUUAUAUUUUUACUUAUCAUUUCUUGUUUUAAUUAGUAGUUAUCAUGAUUUCUCCUCUUAAUAAUUAACACCACCAUUUAACACUUUCCACACACCAGUACUGAAGUUGAAAGGUCAGGUCAUGUCCAUCAUGUAUCGUUUCCGAGCAUCUAACCGGGAGUGGGUGUGGCUCAGGACAAGCAGCUUCAGUUUCCAGAAUCCUUACACAGAUGAGGUGGAGUACAUUGUUUGUACAAACACACUUGUCAAGUAAGUCUACAAACAUUUUCUAUCUUUCAGUCUGCUUUUUAAAAAAAUGCUUAGGACUAUUAUAUCAACUUCUUUAAAUAACUUUUGUUUAAAGAUUAAGUUUUUUUCAGAAUAAAAUAAAUAAAUAAAUAAAGCUAGUAUUUAGUUACGGCAUGUCUCAUCUUUUGGAAAGAUAUCUAAUUUUUUAAAAUGCUGUAAGUUUGGCUUUGAUUUCAUUUCAGAAGUUCUCAACAAGGGCAGAUUACACCAAUCCAUAACCAGGCAGAUCAAGCAUCAGAUGGUGCCAUGACAAGCAUUCCUUCAUACCAAGGUGCAGCUAGGGCACUGCAAACAGAUCCAAUGGGUUUAGGUAAUUAAGAUGAUAAUCAUGAUUGUACUGCUGGUUAUAGGUGUCAAAAUACUUUUUAAAUAAAAACUCUGUAUUUUCUCAAUUUACUCUUUAGCUUUUUAGUUUUUCCUUUCACUUUUUAAAAUAAUUUUUAGCUAAUUUUUUUUUUAUUGUCAUAAUAUUAUUAUUUUACUUAUCUAAAUCAAUUCUAUUUUUAAUAGGUGCAGCAGCUGGUGCUAGCAAACCUUCAGAUUACCCAACAGACUUUUAUCAGCGUCCACCCAUGCAGCAGGAAGUUUAUCCUGGCUACCAACCAACUGGUGGCAUGAAGUACCCCGUCCAUCCCUCAGGCACCCCACCUCAAGUCAUGGGCGGCAUGGGAAUGAGGCGCAGUCCAGCUCAGACCACCCCGGGGAGUUGGGCACACCAAGGGACAUUUGCCAGAACUGAUGUGAUUUUAACUAAAUUUUUAUUCUUGAUGUUAAUCAUCAAUUUGAGAAGGACAUUACUAACAGAAAUAAUAAAUAUCUUUUUUAAAAUGGUUUUAAGAUGUGAAUGUAAUGUAUAGCUUAAGCAGAACUGUUCUGUGUAACGCCUUAGGUUGAGCAAUUAGAAUAGUACACGAUUUUUGUAUUGUAAAACUGGUAAAUGAAUGUUUUAUUCUCUCAGGUUACUGCUGAUUAUGGGGCAUCUGCUGCUGGACAUAGUCACUACAAUGCAAUAAGUCCAGCCAACAAUGGCACAGGUAGGGUCAAAAAGACAUUUCAUAAAGCUAAGUAGAAGUAAAAAAAGGUGGUAGAAGGGCAACUCAAAAUGUCUGUUUUUAUGCUCACAUUUGACCUAAAUAAUGUGUAGUAAUGGUUUUCUUUAUGUUUUCCUCCCCAGGCUCCAUGUGGCCACAGCAGUGGCAGGCUGCGGAUGUAACCUCCCAACAACAGCAGCACAACCCACAGCCCCAGGAGGAGUUCAGUGACAUGUUUGGAAUGCUUGGCCCACCUCCCAGUGAAUUCAAUGACUUGUCAGGAAUGUUCACCAACUUCACAGAGUAACUCUACCUAAACAUGGCACAGAGGAACAUUGCUAUGAAAUUAAUGGCAAAAAUCUAUUUUCUAAGGAUUUUUUGGUGAUUCUGAUAAAAAAUUCUCUUUUUUUCCGAUAAAUCGUUCAGGAAAUUGUAAUGUUUCUGAGCAAAGAUGGCCAUCAAAUUUCAAGUUUUACCAUCUGCCAGCAGCAGUCAUUCAAAUUUUGCAUUUUUUAUAUUUAAAAGUAAAUUAUUUCCACUUAAAAAUAACUAAUUGGAGUGGUUCCCAAUUUUGUCAGAGGCGGUGGACCUCCUGAAACCACUAAUACUUGACAAAACUAAUUAGAAGGGAAAUAACUUUCACAGAGAUUUCUAGCAAUAACGAUAAUUUUUCUCUUGGCAAAAAUUGAUGUUAAAUGAGAAAAAAAUGUAAAAUUUUGAAAAAUAAUCAAUUUGUUACACAGCACAUUUUUGUUUGCAAGGACACAUAAGUUGAAAUCUUGUUAUCAAAAGUUACUGUUUGGUCUACAUCAUAUUCCCCCCCCCCCCACACACAUAUGUUAACAAAAGUUACUGUUUGGUCCACAUCAUAUUCCCCCCCCCCCCCACACAUAUCCUGUAUGUACAUUUAUGGAACAGUUACAAUUUUGGCAUAGAUGUUUGUACUGUUCAUCUUGAUGUGGCAGUGAGUCAAAAGAGGAUUUAUUGGCAAUUUUUGUGUGUUGAAAAUAUAACUUCAAAUGUGUUUUUGACAUCUUAAUAUGUUGUUAACUUCUAACACGGUCAUUAACAUCGGAAUUGAUAUGAAUUAUCUUUUCACUGUUUACUUUGUGUUUUCUCUGAGAACAAUGAAUGCUACUUUCAACUGAUUUUUACAUUUCCAAUUGACCAAGAAAAGAAAGAUACUUGAUUGAUGUUAAUGUGAUUUAGUGUACAUCUUUAUGGCUUGGUUUUUAUUGUGGUUUGUCAUUCUCACCUAUUUAUUAUUUAGAUUGCCUUACCAAGCCUGGCUGGCACGAGCCUAACUUGUACAUAGAGUUUGUCAAAAAUACUUUUGCCAGAUCUGGUCAUUGGGCAUUCAUGUAAAAUUUGUGCUUGUAUGAAAAGGAGUGUGUUUUCAUUGAUGUCAAUGAUUGCAAGAUUGUUUUACCUCAUCAAAGAAAGUUGAGCCUUUUAGUUUCAUGAAACCAGUCGCUAUAAAAUGACUUGACUCUGGUCUUGUCAUUAUAAUAAUAAAAAAAAUUGUUGACAAAGUUAUUGUAGAGAACUUGUAUGUACAGAUGUAUAGAAUAUGACUGUAAAGGUCAUCAUUGUAAAGGUCAUAGCUCUAUAGUUCAAGACUGUACAUGUCAUUGCCAAAGGUCAUGGCUUUAUUGAAUGUACAUAUUCAGCUAAUAGUUAAAAGGUGAACUUCAUACCUCUUGGCUAAAUAAUGAGAUUAAUUAAUUGUUAGCCUAAUAAAAAGGGUUUUAUCAAAGAACUUUAAAUUACUGUCAGUAAUAGAAUUUUGUCCAGUAUUGGCCAGCGGUCUUUGUAAUUUGUUGAUGGUUGGCAGGCCAGUAGCUGUUUGGCAGGUCAGAGUAGAUGGCAUAUUAUCAAAUUUAAUUUGUAUUUUACUAAAAAUUUUAUAAAAAUGGAAAUAGUCAUAAGGGGCAAACACUCAAAAUACUCUCCCCAUAUCUAGUUUUUUUUAGCUUGUUAGAUAAGAGUACUCUCCCACAUCUAGUUGUAAAGCUUGUAAGAUAAUUACAAGAUAAAAUAAUUUUACCACAGCAUGACAGGUUCACCAUAUGUAGAAAAUGGCAAAUGUAACAAAGUGCCUACUAUUCUCUGUUUCUAUAUUAUUAUGUAAAGGUAAUUUCUUUUUUGUAUUUGCCAUAAUUGACAAAUGCUGUACAGAAUUGUAGAAGAACUAGUUAAGAAAAGCAAUGACCUUUUGAGAAGUUUGUAAAUAGAUGUACUAUUACUAUAAUUAUUUAAAGUUUGAAACUGCCAUAGUAUUUGAGAAUGUCUGCUUUGAAGCAUGUCUUAUUAUUUCAUGAUGAAUUUGUCUUGAUCACUUUAUUGAUGCUUUUUGUUCACGUUCGUGAGAUAGUGGUUUUGAAUGUUUCAAACAUUUCAGAAAAAGAUUUUCAAAAACUAAGUGCCAGAAAUUAUUAUUUCAUACUCUCUAAGAAAUGUUUUUUUUUUAAGCUGUUCAAUGACAGUUUUACUUUAAAAUAUAAGUUUGUUGUAAGUUGUGUAUUGAUAUUUUCAUUUUGUCUUACAAGAUGUACACACAUGUUUGACAAUAAAAUAUGGGUAAACGUAUGUCAUGA